AUGUGCGAAAACGUUGACAGGCGCGAUUGUACGCAAGAUCAGGGACAUAGAGCUUUGAUUGGUGUAAUGGGGACCUUGACCGAUGAGGAGAAGAACAGCUACUCUGGGGUGGGAGAAGUGGCGAGGCAGGGAAUGUUAAGCGGGAGAUCAAAGAGCAAGAUACGAUGUGAGGAUAUGGGCGAGGAUAUGAUAGACUUCAACAGUUUCUGGAGUGACAAUGCGAAUGGAAAUGCUGUCAAGAUCUGGGCCGAGAGUGCGAGUGGGAACAGUUAUCUGAAUGGGAUCAAGAGCGUGAAAACCUACAAGGAUAUCGGGGGGUGGGGGGUGACGAGACAGCACGAAGGUAUAAGAUAA